AUCAUUAAGACGAAACAAAAAGAAUCUUGAUAACAUUGUGAAGAGGCAGAGCUGUUGAUUCGAGUUGAAAGUUUAUCGAUAAUUACGUGAAUGAUGAUGUGGAAUAUUUUCAUAUUUCCCAUUGUUUGUUUAACGCUGUCCAUACUUUACAAUUAUUACUAUGGUACGCCAAUUAACAUAGUUGAAAAUCCAGCGAACAAUUACGACUACAUAAUCGUCGGGGCUGGAACGGCAGGGUGCGUUAUUGCAUCACAACUAUCGAAAUCGGGGAAUGCAUCGGUUCUUCUUAUAGAAGCCGGUGGAUACUUCAAAUGGUUCUCAUCCGUUCCUUUGGCAGCUCCGCUGCUACAAGGAACCGAGGCAAAUUGGGCUUACCAAACAGAGCCUCAAACGUUUUCAUCGAUAGGCCUUCGCGAUCAAAAGCAAUUUGUGCCCAGAGGCAAGGGAUUGGGAGGUAGUGGCCAAAUGAACUAUCUGCUUCACUCCUUUGGAAUACCCGAAGACUAUGCCAAUUGGCCAGUUGGAUGGUCUUACGCUGAUCUCUUGCCGUAUUUUAAACGUACAGAGGAUGCAAUGGUUGUUACUACAGUCUCAGUGAAAGAAGAAUUAGCUCGAGCCUUUCAUAACGCAGGAAUCGAAAUUGCUCGGGAAAAUACUAGUCUUAUUUUAGCGAGACACACCCUGAAAAACGGUGCCAGAUGGAGCAGUUAUAACGCUUACUUAAAUAAAGCGUGGGACCGAGAGAACUUGCACAUAUUAAUAAAUACAUUCGUCACUAAGAUAAUUUUUGACAAACUUACGGCACGAGCCGUUCAAAUUCAACAUCAAAACGGCACAAUGGAUCGAAUAAAGGCUAACAGAGAAAUAAUUCUGUGCGGAGGUGCUUUCAACACUCCGCAAUUACUAUUACUAUCCGGCAUCGGACCGGCUAAUGAGCUUAAGAAAUAUCGCAUCCCCGUUGUGAGUCACCUCGAAAAAGUUGGAGAGAACCUGUUUGAUCACCUGAAUGUCCCGAUUUACAUCGGUCUCAAAACACCUGUAAGCGUCACUUUGAACAAGUUGAUGUCACUGAGUGAAAUCUUCAAGUACUACGCUUUUGGCAGUGGACUUUUGGCAUCGACCGCGAUUUUGGGCACAGGAAUAACAGGCCACAGUGGAAUUGUUUUUUUUGGCAUGGGAUCAGCGGACGAGAGUUUGCUCAAAGACAUCGCCAAUUAUCAUACUACGGUAAAAACAAGCACUGAUUUCGGACGAAUGUUUGCUUUUCAUCCGACAUUCGAACAAACACAAAGCGUAAUAUCCUUUUGCGGAAUCCAGACUUUCAGGGCGAUUUUCCCAUCGUACGCCAAUUCCAAACAGGAAGGUUUCAUCUACUUGGCAAAUUGCUUACAACCGAAGAGUCGUGGAAGGGUUACUUUGGGUUCAUCUCAUUUCUCAGAUCCACCAAUAAUCGAUCCCAGAUAUCUUCAGAACGAUUACGACAUCGCGUGCACGCACAAAGCGAUCAAUCUGGCCAUGGACACACUGAGGACACGCCAAUUCAUGGAGUUGGGUGUGACGCCUCACAUUCCUAAUUUGGAUGAGUGCAACCAUUUAAAACCGGAUUACUCAAACCUGGAAUUUACGAAGUGCUUAACGAGAACCGCAGGUCUAACCAGUCAUCAUUUUGGUGGGACUUGUCAGAUGGGUAAUAGACACGACAAUCGUGCAGUGGUGGACGAACAUCUGAGGGUGAUUGGAGUCAACGGGGUAAGAAUCGUAGAUGCAAGUAUUUUGCCAUCCCCUAUCUCAGGUAUGCCAAACUCAGUGAUUAUCGCGAUGGCAGAACGAGCCGCUGACAUUAUCAUGAAAAUAAAAUAAGAAAUAAACCCACUUUUCUAUGAUGGUUUAAAACCUUCUGACGUUACAAAUUUUAUUAAUAAAUGAAUUUAUUCGUA